AAAGAGAAGAAGAAGGAUCAGGAAAAAGAAGUGGUGGAGGAAGAAGAAAAGGCAGAGGAGGAUGGGGAGGGUAGGAAGGAAGAGAAGAAGGAAGAGAAGAAGGAAGAGAAGAAGGGAGAGGAGAAGGAAGUGGAGAAGAAAGAGAAGAAGGAAGAGAAGAAGGAAGGGAAGAAGGAAGAGGAGAAGGAAGUGGAGAAGAAAGAGAAGAAGGAAGAGAAGAAGGGAGAGGAGAAGGAAGAGAAGAAGGAAGAGGAGAAGGAAGAGAAGAAGGAAGGGAAGAAGGAAGAGGAGAAGAAAGAGAAGAAGGAAGAGGAGAAGGAAGAGAAGAAGGAAGGGAAGAAGGAAGAGGAGAAGGAAGAGAAGAAGGAAGGGAAGAAGGAGGAGAAGGAGGAGAAGAAGGAAGAGGAGAAGGAGGAGGAGAAGGAAAUUCAAACGAAGAAGUAAUCAAAAUUCAUCCAAACCUUUUGGGUGAUUUGACUGUCGUUAAACUGCGCCUCGCCAGGAAAAAUCAGAGAAGCUGAUGUUUCUAGAGUAAAGUGAAAAAAUGUAUUACCUUAUUUUCAAAUCAUAAAUAUAACCAUUUGUCGCAUCACAAAAAGUUGAUUUACAAAACAGUGCUUAUGUAGCAUUUAUGUUAAUGUUAAUCAAAUCUUGGAAAUUACACAUCAAACGUUUCUGAGGCUGUUUUUUCACACAAUGCCUAGA